AUGCCGGACAUCCCUCGACUUUCCAACGUGGCUAUCAGCCUUAAAAACGGGGUCGCGGUUCUGAAGUAUGACCGGCCCAAGGCAGGGAACGCCCUGAACGUCCCACUGCUGCAGGAUAUUUUGGCCGGGCUCAAAUGGGCAGAAGAGGAAGACGAGGUCAAGGUCAUCCUGCAGACAGGAUCAGAGAAGAUCUUCAGUGCUGGACUGGACUUGAAGGACGGGUCCGUUGCUCAGCCAGGCACGGUCAUCAGCGACCCCUUUCUGGACACAAUAAGCGAAGUGCACAAGACCAUGAUCAACUCGAAUAAAAUCCUGGUUGCUGCUGUCAAUGGACCGGCGCCAGGCUGGGGAACCACCAGUCUUGCUCUGGCCGAUCUUGUUUACGCUUCUCCCAGCGCGGUCUUCUUCACCCCUUUUGUUAAACUGGGACUAUCCGCCGAAGCGUGUUCCAGUAUCACUCUCCCCAAGAUCAUGGGUCGUCAAAAGGCGGCCUCGCUGCUUCUUGCUGGCGACACAAUGACAGCUGCUGAGCUCGAAACGGCGGGGCUGAUCACCAAGGUUCUUCCCAAGAACGAUUUUUUGGACAGUGUGUUGGGAAUAUGUUAUCGAAUCGCGAACCAGCCUCCUGAAGCUCUGCGUAGCAACAAGAGUCUUUUGAUGCGGACUUCCAGACAGGAGUUGCUCGAGGUGAAUGAAGCAGAAUUGAAGGUUCUCAGGACGAGAGCGCGGAGCCCUGAAGGACUGUCGGCUGUCGAUGCCUUCCUUUCUGACCAGGAGCGUAAAAAGAAAGCGAAGUCCCAAUCCAAACUAUAA